AUGAAAGAAAUAUUGACGCCAUGGGACGUUGCACCGGUAAAAUUGGAUUACACUAAAAUCACGGAACAAUUUGGAUGUGAACUAAUAAGCGACGCUUUAAUCGAAAAAAUGGAAAAACUGACCGGAAAGAAGGUAAGCCAUCUUAUCAAACGCCGUAUUGUAUUUGCGCAUCGUGAUCUCGGCAAGAUAUUUGAUGAUUACGAACGAGGAAAGGGCUUCUAUCUGUACACCGGGCGGGGACCCUCUACGAAGUCGAUGCAUAUAGGCCAUGUUAUUCCCUUCAUGUUGUGUAAAUACUUGCAGGAUAUUUUUGAUGUUCCCCUUGUCAUACAAAUCACAGAUGAUGAGAAGUAUUUAUUCAAAAAUUUACAGAUCACAGAAAGUGUCGAGUUUGCCAAGAGUAACAUAAAAGACAUCAUAGCAUUUGGGUUUAAUCCAGAAAAGACGUUUAUAUUCAGCAAUGUGAGUAUAUAUGAUGGCAGAGAAGACGUUUCAGAUGCAUCAAAUGGAGUUAACCAGAAUGAUACAUGCACAAGUUGCGGGUCCGUUGGGAACUCGAGCAAGAAGAAAAAUCCGUAUAACGGCUUUUUCAAGAAGGAGCUUGUGCUGGCGAAAAGUAUCACGCUCCAUGAAGGCUCUAAAAUAUUUGGGUUCGAUGCCAAUACGAGUAUCGGACAGAUAUCUUUCCCUGUCAGACAGCUACUUCCUUGUUUUUAUUCCGUAUUUACAUUUCUGAACAAAAGUAAUUGCUUGGUACCUGCGGCAAUAGAUCAGGACCCAUACUUUAGAUUGGCGCGUGACAAGUCAAAAAUAUUUGAGUGUUCUAAACCCAGCACGGUGUAUUCACAGUUUCUGCCCUCACUCAGUAAUCUUGGAAAAAUGAGCAGUUCAAGAGACAAAACGAUCUUUUUGGAUGAUUCUGAUGAGGAUAUUAAGAAGAAAAUCCGCACAUAUGCACAUUCCGGUGGACGCAAAACCUUGCAGGAACAUCGAGCGUUAGGUGGUGACUUGGAGAAUGACGUAUCCUACCAGUAUUUGCGCUUUUUCAUGGAAGACGAGGACAAGCUGCAAUCAGUGGCCGAUAGGUACAAAAAGGGAGAAAUGACAUCAACGGAAAUGAAGGAUCUGUGCAUUGAGGAGCUACAGAGGUUUAUUCGGACGUACAAGAAGAUGAGAGACAGAGUAAGUGACGAUGAUAUGGAAAAAUUCAUGGGAUGCGAUAAAAAUUUUUAUUGAACAUCGGCUGCGCCAUUUAUUUUCGUAAAACGGAACAAAAUUUGGUUGCUUAUUAAACAAUUUCU